UUCUUCCUGCUCACACCUGCGGCACAAAACCACACAGCAUAACACAACCACUCUGUUUACAGCCGUGUGGAACUUUGUGGCCAAAAAUGAUCUUCCGCUCGACUACAGGUGGAUUUUGUUCCUGUCUUUUUGGCUAACUUUAAAUACGUGCCUUGGAUCCUUUUUUCCCUCCCCAAAAUGCAGACCCAGCUGGUUGGUGUGGGUUUGGCAAUCAUCGGCUUUAUUGGCACCAUCCUUAUCUGCGGACUGCCUAUGUGGAAAGUGACGGCCUUUGUCGGGGCCAGCAUCAUCACCGCUCAGGUCUUCUGGGAGGGUUUGUGGAUGAAUUGUGUGAUCCAGAGCACGGGACAGUCUCAGUGUAAGGCCUAUGACUCCGUUCUGGCCUUACCGCGGGAUCUGCAGGCAUCCAGGGCUCUGAUCUGCGUCUCCAUUGCUGUCAGCGUGGUGGCCCUAGGACUCACUGUGGUCGGGGCCCGCUGCACAAACUUCUUCUCACGCGACAGGCUGGCUAAAGCUAAUAUCGGCCUGGCUGGAGGUUUGGUGUUUGUCUUGGCAGGUGUCCUGUGCAUUAUUCCUGUCAGUCUUUCGGCUUACAGCAUCAUCACAGGUUUCUACAAUCCCCUACCCACCUCGGAGAGGAGGGGAGAGCUCGGGGCUUCAAUAUAUGUGGGCUGGGCGUCUGGAGCUCUGCUGGUCAUUGGAGGAGGGGUGUUGUGUAGCACCUACCGAUGCUGAGGAUGUGGCGGCAAAAAGGCAACGAGACAUUUGAAGAUGUGCAUCAAUAUGAAUAUAUAUGAACUGUGACGGACUUUGUUUUAGUUUUCUAAUUCAAUUUCAAACUUAAUUGACAUUUUCUAACUACAGUCAUAUAUUUAAAAUACAUAAUAGUGUGGCACAGUGUUUGGGUAAAUUGUACAACCAGGAAUUGUAGCAAAGUGAAGAAUGUUAGAAUGAAAAGUCUGGUUGAGCCAAUAAUAGCAGGAUUGUUAUAUUUUUAGAUGUUUGGAUUGAACAAGAUAAAUCUAAAUUAAAGUUGUUGUUUUAGUGUGUGCAGAGCUAAAUAUGAAUUCUGCAAGAAUAAACAAUUUAAAGACUUA